AUGGCUUAUUAAACUUAAAUUGAUAAUCACAACACUUAAAUUGGGGUGAAUUAUGACGGUACUUUUCGAGAGGUGAGAGUUUGGAAUCCUUCAGAAGACUAUAAGCAUUUUAUUAAGAAGGCCAUUCUCAAUCCAUAAACGAACAACUAAGAUGAGGUCUUUUAUCAUUGGAGCUUUCCAACAUCUUUAUAUCUGGUAACUAGUUACUUAAGUCCAAAUAUACCCAUUAAAUAAUAUGAAAAGCUGAACGAAUGCAAGUACGGAAGUUACUUUUCAGGUUAAUCUUGCCAUUAUGACAUUUUCAAUGUCAUCAAAGCAACGAAUGAGCAGAGUCCACUAUUAAUGAAAGUUAAUCAGAGCAUGCCCCUAUAGGACUAUAGUAUAGGUUUCUGGUUUAAGCUUUAAAUUUUAUAAGAUUAGAAUAUCCUGUGUGGCGCUACUCCUUAAAUUUCAAACUUUCUAUAUUUAAAAGCAUCAACUACAUAAGCAACAUUAAAUCGUCAACUCGAAUUGAUGUAGAAUAAUUGCUAAUUUAUUCUGACAAAUACUUAUGAUAUUGAUCUAUAGCCUAGAAUUUGGUAUUAAAUCGGAGUCUCUGUUUAAAAUGCGUAAUUGCCUCAAAGAGAACAUUUUGCAGCAAUAACUGACUAUAGUGCUAAACACUUUAUUGGAUCUGUUUAAAAGAAUCAAAUCACAUGUCCUAGUUUUGCAAUGGUGAAUAAUGAACCUGAUGCUGAGGUUUAUCUUUGCAAGGACAACAACUUUGGAAAUGCAGGCCUUAGUGUCAAGUAUAUCUAUUUUUUAUCAGACUAUGCCAUAACUGCUAACGAUAUGUUUACUACGACAAGAGUGGUUUGGAAAAUGAUCGGGUUAAAGCCAGCUCUUUACUUAACUUUUAACAACAUUUAAGGAAAGAUCUGGGCCUAUGAUUUAGCAAAUGACUAGAAUAUCGUGACUCUUAGAAGCUCAAUUACAGAAUAAUCAUUAUACUGGGAUUUUGAGUAAUUUGGACCGAAGAUGUGCCAUUCCUAUUAUGAAAUUUUGGACUUAGAUAGAAUGAUAUGCAUUCCAAGAUAUGCAAUGUACCAUAAUCAGUCAAAUGUUCUAUUAAGUAAUAUUGGAUUAUCAAAUUCUUGGUCACCUAGCUACAAAAUGUCCAUAGGGUUUUUUUUGAAAACUGUAUUUGGGGGUAAUGGUGUUACCAAUCACAUCAUGACUGUAAAUCCUUUCGGAAUAUCAUAGUAUGUCUUAUACAUUAGAGGGUUCUCCAGUCCUUUAAUAUUAAAAAACCUCAAGGUUAUCCUAUUGGUUGCACAUUGCUUUUAUUAAAAAUACACAAUCUAUGAAUCUGGUAUCAACCAAACUUCAACUUCUUCUACAAUAACAGACACUGUCAAUUUUGAUAAUUAGAUCUAUCUAGGACAAAUACCUGACACCACAAAUCCUGUUGGAUUUCAGGGAUAUAUCAGACAAUUCAAGGUAUAUGAUAUAGCAUUAAUAAGUUCAUAAAUUAUGAAUUACAUGGUAAACAAUAAUUAAAAGGAUAAGGGUCUUAUUAGUUAUUUUCCAUUUGAGGAGAGUAACUUUAUUGAAAAGCUGUAUGAUUAAGGUCCUACUAACAAUUUGAAAACACCCCUUAGCACAAAUGGGUAUACAUAGCUUUUUACUACUCUUUAUCAAACCAUGGACAAAUUUAAUUGGACUUAUUACUAUGAUUAUCAAGUGAUUGCAGAUUUCAGUGGAGUUGUAAAUCUUGAGGCAUCUCCAGAAUGGUCAAUUAGCUUUAGAUUUAGGUCUGGUGUAGACUUAAGUACAGAUAAAAUCUUGUUUAAGAUAUCAAACUGGCUUUAAAUUAAGCGAUUAGGCAACUCAAGCUUUGAAUAUUACUUCCAGUAGUAGGAUGAAACUUUAAGAUCAAUGGCUACACCUGAAAUAGGUCUUUCCAAUUGGCAUAGUUUUGCUACGACAUUUCCAGCUAAUCUAAAAACCUAAACUGAUUAUUUGAUAAUUCUAAAUAACUAGAGAUUUUACAAUCCUGGUGGAUAUCCUAUGCCAGGUGGCGGUCUUAUUGGGGAUUUAUCUUUCAAAACAGUAACUAGAGAAAUUAGAAUUAUGAAUACAAGGAUGUCAGAUACAUUUUUAAGACAGUAUAGUAUGAAAAAGAUGGAUGGCCUCUACUAUAGUAACCUUUUAUUCUACUCUUCCAACCAAUAUCACUAUAAUCAACCAAAUAAUUUGAGAUAUUUCAUCAAAGGUUAAUUGAUUUAAGACCUCUAUCAAAUCUUAUAUUCAGCCUAUGAAUUAAAUCCAGGGAUAAUAUGUGAAGAGGAUUAAUUUUACAAUGGAUAGGAGUGCAAGACUUACAAAUAUCUCAGAUUUAGAGAUGAUUUGCUCCAUGACUUUGAUCUCCCAAUGACUGACCCAUUAAAAAUUAAAGUGAAUCAGGUUAGCACUGUCAAUAAUUAUGACAUAUCAACUGCUAUUAAGCGAAAUGAAUUAAUAGAAGAUGGGCUAAGAAUCUGGAGAAAACUAGUUUUCAGAUUUCAAUAAAUUAAUCAAAAUGAUAUCGAGGGAUAUAAAUACUUAUAUGACAUAUCACCUUUUGCAGCACUUAUCACUUUCAGUGCAAUUAAAUAUAUCAGAAUAUGUCCUUUAACAUGUGAUCUAACUUUAGCUUAUUUAAUUAUUUACAAAGAUCAUAACUUAUAUGAAAAUAAGCAUUUCUAUUACAAAAAACCAAUACCCAAUUUAGUUUAUGGAUUCUGGCCAUUGAAUGAAGGGACUGGAGAUACAAUUUAUGAUUAUAGUAUGUAUUAGAACAAAUAUAAUAGAGAUUGGGGAAUGGAUUUAUGGCUCAAUUUUCAAUUCUCUGAUGGAUAUACAUCAAAAGAAAUUCCUAUCAUCAAAUCAGAUCCAACUUGCACAACAGAUUCUCAAUCAAUGAAAUUUUACAUGAAUAUUACUCGAGAUUCAAUAACCAUGCAAAAUUUUGUUAAUAUUUACACUAAGGAUUAUUCAGGUACUAUAGAUCAUCUUAAAGAAUACAAAGAGAUAAUUGAGAAUAAUUGGAUACAUAUUGCUGUAGUUAAUAUCUUCAAUGAAGCUCAGAAUACAAAAGCACUAUACAUAAAUAUCUAACCUCCUUCAACUACUCUAUUAGCGGGAUCAAAACUUUCUUCUUGUGAUCUUUUAUUAGGGCACUCUGAUACAAUUACUGUUUCUGAUAAUAAAUUUAGUUUGAAAAAUUUUAGGAUAUGGAACGAGGCGCGAUCUAUUCCUCAGAUUGCUUAGGAAUCUCUUUCAAAAUCAUUAGGAAUAGGCGAACUUAAUCUUAUGAAGUAUUAUAAAUUCAAUAAGGAAAGCGAACUAUAUGAGACAGUGGCUGAAAGCUAGUUCAUAAUUGGUGGUAAUUGCUUGAUGAAAUCAUACAUUGAUACAUUUCACCUUGAUUGUCCUCUUGGAUUUUCUUAUUCACAAGUCAAUGGAAGAUGCGAACAAGUACAUGCUAUACCAAUCUAGCAAUUCCUCCAGUAAGUGGGAGAUUUCAGAGACAGUCAAUAGCUUAAUUUUUUUGGAAAAAGGUAAAAUUUUACAUGCAUGACUGGGACUGAAAUAAAAGAGUUCUCAAGCGACAAAGCUGAAUGUAUACCAUGCAAAUCGCCUUGUCUUACCUGUUAAAAUAAGCCAGAUUUUUGCACUAGUUGUGGAGAUGACACAGUUUUAGAUGAUGAGGGACAAUGCUUACCUUGUUCAGCAAUUCUAGGCCAUGAGUUUCCAAUCAUAAAAUUUUAUGGGAGGAAAUCAUGUACGGAGACAUGUGGUGAUGGAGUAAGGUAUUUAUAAAACGAAUGUGAUGAUGGAAAUAUUUAAGACAAUGAUGGAUGUUCAUCUAAAUGUGAAGUUGAAUCUCAAUAUACUUGUAGUGGAGGAUCUUAAAUUACUAAAGAUAUCUGUCAUGAUUUGAUAGGACCAGAAGUUCAAAUAAUUGAAAUUAGUUCGCAGAGUAAAUAAAUAUUUUUGUAGUUCGUAGAUAACAAUGGAUAAGUAUUCACUGAAUUACAAGAGAUUUCAAAGAUAUAAAUAGAAUUGCAGAUUACUGGGGUUGAUGGAGGCUCUAGAUAUCAGAUAUAUGCAAGUAUACCUGAGGAUUUUUCUAAAAACGGAAAAAUUUACCUUGAGUUUAAUCCUCGAUUUUCUAUAGCAGAAACAGGUGCUUUUGUUUAAGUUAUUUUUAAGGAUUCUAAGGAUUUUUAUGAUUAGUUCAAUAAUCCUCUGAAAAAUCUCAAGACAAACUUUCACUAAUUAAAGAAAUAUGACUUAAUAGAACCAUCAUUAUUAGCAUCAAUAAAAGAAGUUGGAUAAUCUGCAAGCUAUACCACAUAAAUUAUUUUAGCUUUUAACUUUAUUUUAUCAUUUGCUCUUGAAAAGGCUCUUGACUCAUUAUAUUCAGCUAUUAACUCAGUGUAGAUAUUGUUUUAUCUUCCAUUGAUAGAUUUACCUUAUCCUCAAUUUAUGCUUGAGAUUUUUAAAUAUCUUGAGUAUGCUAACUUUGAAAAUCAGUUUAUAAAAGAUCCGUUAUCUUAACGAAUAAAUUUUGAUAGCAUCUAUGACCAACCACUAAACAAUGCUUUCUAUAAUUUUGGAUUUGAAAACUAGCUUUUGAACUCAGUAAUAGCGCUCUUUGCUAUCUUAUUUGUCACUAUUUAUCCUUUCAUUACACUUAAUAUUAUCAACAGGUUCUUAACGAAUGAUGCUAUUAUUAGCCUGCAAGUGGAGAGAAAUGUCAAAGAAUUCAGCAAGUUACCCUGA